AUGGAGGCGUUCACAAAAUUACCAAUCUACGCCGAACACAACGCUGCAGUGAAAGCCUUUGACACUGCACUUGAAAAGGCUGAGCCAGAAAUCUAUAAGCCGAUCAAUGAGAAGUUUAACUUCAAGAAGUAUGAGGAGGAUGUGAAGAGUUUUUCUGAACUGAAUGAUAUGUACUCUGAGAUAAAGAACGUCUUAGAUACUAAAGAAGCUAACAUGAAAGAAGUACGAAUGACUCUGACUGAUAUGGCACUUGCUUUCCAGAACCUCAAGAAGUGUCUUGAGAACGAAUUUGAAGACUCUUUGCAGAUCACUGAGUGCCUCAAUUAUGUUGUUGAGCGUAUGGUUGAUCAAGUUGAUGGUACUCUUCCAGAAGAAUGCUUUAUAGAGAAGCGCAACGAACUCAGAGCAAAGAAGAUGCCUCUUCCAGAGACCUAUGCAUUGACCCAUUCAUUCAAAUUGUCAUCGAAACAUGUUAUUGAUGUGAAUGGACUGAACAUUGACUUGAAGCCUUUGCAAGAGUGGAGUGGCUUGAAAGGCCAUCGAGUGUUGUAUGACUCUCAGAAGGACGGAGAGAAGAACGUUACAUUCAACACCGCUUUACUCCAUCAGAAAAACGCUGCGGUGAUCUUCGCAGACGAAGAAGAGAAUGUUUUUGGGUAUUACACUAAGAACGGCAUUAACACGGUUGGGAAGUAUUGUGAAGACAAAGAACACUUCAUGUUCUCUUUAGUCAAAAACCACAUCAACUGCCCAAAACAAUUCUUCGCCAAAGAGGACGUGAAGUGUGGGAUCUUUUUGAGAGAAGAAGAUGAAGUGAUGAGCUGGAUUGGUAACUCAGACUUCGGUCUUGCCAUUUUCAAGCCAAGUCUCUGUGGGUCUUAUUCAAGAAAGCUCUCUCUUGUCUAUAACAACUUGGACGACAUUUAUCUCAACAACACUAACUACCCUAUCGAAUUCACUACAAAGAGAAUUAUAGUGAUUCAGUUGAAUUAA